AUGUCCAAUGAGCUGGAUUUCAGAUCCGUGCGCCUGAUGAAGAAUGACACCAUGAACUUCCAGAAAUUCCCCUACACCAGCGAGGAUGAGGCCUGGAAAACCUACCUGGAGAACCCCCUGACUGCAGCCACCAAGGCCAUGAUGAGGGUGAACGGGGACGACGACAGCGUGGCCGCCCUCAGCCUGCUCUACGACUACUACAUGGUGCCCAAGGAGAAGAGGAUCCUGCCAGCUGGGAUGGUGGCACGCAAUGACCUGGCAAAGAGGCACUGCCACGGGAUGGACUACGAGCCUGAGCUGCCCUCCUUCGAUGGCUCAGCCCAUCUCAUGAAGCUGCUGUCAGAGAACGUCUCCAUGAGCCAGGAGUUCUGCGAGCCCCCCAAGAAGAACGGCCCGAGCCUCGAGGGUGUCCCUGCUCCUCACAAGGCAGCCCUGCUCCCUCCGGGCACCAGCAAGCUGGAACCCACCCCAGACAACUUCCUGGUGGCCCCUGGGGACGUGUAUGACAGCAGCUCCCUGAGCUCCCUGUUCGAGAGCCUGCCCAUGGCCCCGGCCCAGCAGCGCUGGCAGCCCGACAGCACCUUCAAGGAGGACCCCCAGGAGACGCUGCUCUUCAGUGACAUCCUCAAACCCCAGCCAGAGCCACCCUGCCCCGAGAGUUACCCCACAGAUGGAGUGAAGAGUGACUUUGAAUACACGCUGGGGUCACCCAAAGCCAUUCACAUCAAAUCUGGGGACUCUCCCAUGGCCUACCUCAACAAAGGACAGUUCUACCCCAUCACGCUGCGGACAGCUGGAGACAGCAAAUGUUUGCACUUGUCCUCAAAUAAAGUGAAGAGCGUGGUGAUGAUUGUGUUUGACAAUGAGAAGAUCCCCACGGAGCAGCUGAAGUUCUGGAAGCACUGGCACUCCCGGCAGCCCACGGCCAAGCAGAGAGUCAUCGACGUGGCUGACUGCAAGGAGAACUUCAACACGGUGCAGAACAUCGAGGAGCUGGCCUACAACGCCCUGUCCUUCGUCUGGAACAUCCACGAGGAAGCCAAGGUGUUCAUUGGGGUGAACUGCCUGAGCACAGACUUCUCCUCUCAGAAGGGGGUGAAGGGGGUGCCCCUGAACCUGCAGAUCGACACCUACGACUGCGGCAGCGGCAGCAGCCAGCUGGUGCACAGGGCUGUGUGCCAGAUCAAGAUCUUCUGUGACAAGGGAGCAGAGAGGAAAAUGAGGGACGAUGAAAGGAAACAGUUCAGAAGGAAAGGAAAAUGCCUGGACUCCAACAACAAUGGUCUCAAAGGCUGUUUGCUCUCUGGCUUCAGAGGGAACGAGAUCACCUUCCUGCGGCCCGAGAGCGACCUGGAGACGCAGCCCGUGCUCUUCAUCCCCAACGUGCAUUUCUCCGCCCCCCAGAGGUGUGGCUCGGUGCUCCCUCCUGCUGUUCCCAACUCUGCAAACAGGCUGCCCCUCAAGCGGAGCGGGGCCUCCUUCGGUGACGACUUCGACGCGGUGCCCCCAAAGCACAGCAAGGACGAGGAUCCCCAGAGAGUGCUGCUCUACGUGCGCAGGGAGUCCGAGGAGGUGUUCGAUGCUCUCAUGUUGAAGACCCCGGACCUGCAGGGCCUCAGGACAGCUAUUUCAGAAAAAUAUGGGCUUCCUGAAGAAAGUAUUUACAAAGUCUACAAAAAGUGCAAAAGAGGGAUCCUGGUGAACAUGGACAACAACAUCAUCCAGCACUACAGCAACCACAUGGCCUUUCUGCUGGACAUGGUAGAGGCAGAGAACAAGUUCCAGAUCAUCCUCAAAGAGCUCUAA